UUAAUUCAGGUUUGAAGCAGUCCGAGAAUCUCUUUCGAAGGCGGAGAGGCCAAGUCUUGGCCGCCAUACAACUUAUAAGUAUCGCCCGCGCUCGCUUUCGUGGGCUCGUGGCCGCUGCCCGCUGCUGUUGCGCUCGGGUGCGGUGGCAGGCGGUGCGUGGUGGUUGCGGGUGCAGCCGCGCGGUGCGUGCUCCGGGAGGGGCGAGGUCGUCGACCGGGGAUGGACGGCGAGAUGGGCGAGGACCUGCUGGCGGAGAUCCUCGUCCGGCUGCCGCCCAAGUCGCUGGCGCGGUUCCAGUGCGUCUCCACCACGUGGCGGGGCCUCAUCGCCGCCGACUACCUCCGCCGGAGGCUGCCGCUCAUCACGUCCGGCGUGCUGUUCCACGACGGCCCGCGGGACGGCGAGGGCGGGAGGCGGGCCUACACGUACGCGCGCGCGGCGUCGGCUUCGGGCGAGGACGGCGGCGGCGUGGCGGAGGCCGACGACAUGUCCUUCUUCCCGUGCCACGCCACGUCCAGCAUCAUCGACGGCUGCAACGGCCUGCUGCUCUACUACGCGUCCUGCCCGGCGGCGUUCCACGUCGUGAACCCGACCACGCGCCGGUGGGCGGCGCUGCCUGAGCCGCGCAGGAAGACGCUGCUCUCCGUGCUCUCCUUCGACCCCUGCGCCUCCCCGCACUACAAGGUGGUCUGCUUCACCGGGUGGCUGCCCCGGGGCGCCUCCGUCGAGGUGUUCGACUCGGAGACCGGCGCGUGGGGCGAGCACGAGCUCGACUUCGGCCUGGAGACCGACGCCAUGUCGGCCACCAUGCACUGCUUCGCCGGCGCCGUGCACGUGCUGGCAUACUCGGGCCACGUCGUCCGCAUCGACCUCGGCACCAUGGCGUGCGCGGUCACCGCGCUCCCGGCGCCCGUGAGCUACCGGGCGCGCGCGGGCCACUGCCGCGGCCGGCUCCGGUACGCGUCCAGCGACGGCUCGCGCCUCACGCUGUGGGAGCUGGUGGACGCGGGCAAGUCCGAGUGGGUGGCGAAGCACGAGCUGGGGGUCGUCGACCUCGUCUCCGGCGGCUCGUGCCACCCCGCUACCGCGACCUUCGUGUUCAUGGCGUUCCACCCGGAGAGGGAGGUCGUGUACCUGUGGACGCCGUCGAAGCUCAUCGCGUUCAACAUGGAGCAGAUGCGCGUCGAGGAGGAGUGCGUGUUCGGGUCCGGGAAAGAAGACGCGCAGCUCAUACAAAUCUGGCUGUUUCCCUUCUCGCGCCAUUUGGCCAGCUGCUUGGCCUGAGUGGCGAUACCGCACGCCACACUCAGCAGCUGAGGAUGUGAUCGCCUCCAAGAAUGUGAGUCCGUUUACUAGUCUACAGAAAUGUAGUUGCGUCCAACACUGCACAAAAAAGAUAUGUAGCAAAGUCCAAAUGUGGGAUGCACGAUACGAUUAUCGUUUUCUAUAUUUGAUUGAUGCAGUGCUUGUUUAGUAGGGCAAUCUAUUUGCAUUCUGUAAUAACGGUCUUGUUCAAUUACUUGCCUAUUUGAUAUACUAUAUUCAAUUUCUUACACUA